AUGCCCGUUAUCGCCGGUGAUCACGUCUGGAUUUUCACGGUCAGCAACCCUUUAUAUGACAAACCUGACGGUGCCAACUACGAACUCGGACAGCCCAAUACGGGAUACGCCCCCGAGAGCGAGAACUUCCUUCCUCGAACAAACGGUGCUGGAGCAAAUGCCCCUUCUGAGAAUCUCGGCUUCUACUUGGGUGGAAUGUGGAAUGCAAAUGGCGCUACAUAUACCUCUACUGAUUACCCUACGAAUCGAUCUACCGAUCUGAUCAAGGUCAACACUGUGAAUCAGGGACAUGCAGACUGGCAAAUCUAUCCUUUCGAUGAGUCGAUCGUACCGUGGAGAGCUGAAGGUGGUCUUGUCUGGCUACCUACUUCAUCGCAGGGCGUACUCGUUGUCAUCGGUGGUGUGACAGCGCCCGAAGACCUCGGCUUCAUUGGAAAUGAGACAGAUGAAUCAACUUCUCUGAACUUCCUAAAGGAAUUCCCGGUCUAUGACAUUGGUUCCAAUACUUGGGCAAUGCAAGCUAUGGACUCAUCAUCCCCAUUUCCAGACAAACCGCUAGCACAAUUUUGCACGGUCGUAGCUUCCACCGCGGACGGGUCUCAUCACGACAUCUUCGUGUAUGGUGGCGGGAAUGGAGAAAUCGGCGUGCCAACGGGUGACGUCUGGGUGCUGAGUGUCCCAUCGUUUACCUGGAUCAAAGCUGAAAGCAAUGACCGGUUACCUGGUGAUCGGCCCGGUAUUCCAAGAUUGGGACAUGUCUGUACUUCACCUUAUCCAAAUCAGAUGAUUGUGAUUGGCGGCACGAGUACUGGUGGCAGUCCACUGAAGGCAAACCAAUCUAUCGACGUGUAUAACUUGAACAGCCUCAAUUGGACGGGAGCUUAUGAUCCUGACAGCCAUGAAGAUUACAAGCCUCACCAGAACAUCUUGGAUGUUAUCUCUAAGAAGCCAAAAGCAGACAAUAUAUCUCCACAGGUGGGGGAUUGGUUUGACCAGAAGUACAAUAUGGACAAGAUCAGAUUCUAUGGGCCUUAUGCCCAGCAAGUAUCAGAACCACCACCGGCCAGCAACAACACUGGGCAGGGAAAUGCCACUGCUCCAACUCCUCCGACUCCUCCAGUGGAUGAACAUCAGUCAAACAGACACUGGGUGAUUCCAGUCGCUGUGGCGGUUCCAAUUGGAUCGGUUGCAGUGCUCAUCGGACUUCUUCUCCUGCUUUUGCGUCGUAAGCGGCGCCUUGAACGUCAAGAUCGGGAAAGAGAGACAAGUGAGGAUAAUACAAACCGCUGGAUUGUGCCAUGGAUAUGGGCCAUACAUCCACAGCACAAAGAAGCUGGAUCAGAUACUGUGACCGAAGUUGAGCAAGUGCCAAAGUCGCCACCUAAGUCCCCACCACCUCAAGAGCUGCCGGCGUCACAAAGAGACGGAUACUUUACACCAAGUGACACAGGUGUUAGCAGCAAUCAACGCUGGUCUUCGACAACGCCUGCGCGAUCUCCUCUUGGGGAAUAUACCGGUCCAGUAGAGGGGCCGGACAACCCAAUCCAUGAAAUUGAAGGCCGGCACCAACAUCUUGCUUCCGACGAGAUCAACUAUGAUCCGAAGAAUAUGGCUGCGCAUCCACCGAGUAUCGUCAGCGGGCGGCAUCGUGGAUACUCCGGUGAUGCUUUACCAGGCUCUCCUGAUACGUAUCAUCUUUCAGGGCCGCUCGAGACUAAUGCUCCCAUUACUACCAAUUCGUCACGAGCGCUCGUGGUAUUCCCGGAAGGUGAAUAUGCCCAUCAAACCGGGUUCGGUCCACUUGAUCACGCAGUGUCACCGCUGGUCAGCAGACAAAAUCAACCACCGCGACACCGCCAUCAUAAUUCAAGUGUGAGCAGCGGAAUGUCAUUGCCGUCUCCAGACCUCGAACAAUCUCCUCGCACGAUGCCUAGAGUCUCAAGAAGCCUCUCCGGGGAACACGAUUCGACUUCUCCUGGCAGUGAUUUCCAGGAGAAUGGUCAAGGGAACCAAACAUAUUGA